AUAAUUGAUUAUUGUUUUUAUUUCGUUUUCUUUUAAAACAAAAUUUACUCGCUUUUCCAGUUCUAUUUGCUAAUGGUAUAGACAAUAAAGAGUCUGAUCUAGCUUUGUUCAAUAUAUUUCAAAUUUAAAAUAUUCGUAGUUAUCUUAUUCGAAGCUUUUCUAAGCGUUAUAUCUUUUUCAAUGUAAAUUUUAUGUUUACAUUGAUUAUUUCCUUUAAAGCUUGAAUUUCAGAAUGCUUCGUAGUUUAAGAUAUUGUCGCUUAACAUUCAAAUAUGCUCAUACUUUUGAACUUUUGCUUAUUAAAUCCUCUCAUAUAAAAAUCUGAAGAAAUUUAAUGUUUUCCUCAAGUAGAGAUCUUGUUCGUAGUUUCGUUGAUACAUUCCUUGAUCAGUAGGGCGAAUUUUAUCUUUAGAGAUACAACAAUAUUGAUACGUUUAAAAACAAGCAAAUUAUUUAUAUAUCAGAACCGAACUUGCAAGGUUUUUCUAGAAACUCUAUUUACUGCCAUAGAAACAUAUAUUUACUAACAAGUUAAGACUAACAAUUAAUCAAAACAUAUCUAUUAAAUAGAAAGUUGCCAACUUUUAGUCCAUCCUAAAAGGUUUCCAAUUUAAGCAUAUCAACUAGUUCAUAUAGUAAAUAUUUCCUAAGGAUAUCCUAAGGAUAUCGAUAUCCUUAGGAGUCUAUUUUUGAGAUUAAAGCUAACAGCAAUACAACUAGUUAAGAGCAAUACAUAUAUACAUACAGAGUAUAAACUAUUUUAAAGGUUAUAUUAUUCACCAGUAAAGAGAACAUUUUGAUAUGAAAACUAAAAUGGAAAUUUAUAAAAAAGCAAUAUCUUGCAGAAUCUUACUUUUAGAAGAUUUUUAAACAAUGUUUUGGAAUGCUAGAUAUUGUAAGUAUCACCAUUGUUAAUCUUUACAAGUCUGUACCAGAUCAAAGAUCGUACGAGCUUAAGGAUUUAUUAGGAUUGGUUGAAGAAAUCGGUGGUUAACUGUAAAAAUUUUCUAUAAGAAAAAAAUAGAAAACUAUUUCCAAAGAGUUUAUUGAAGACAUGUGUACAAUUUUCUCCACACGGAAUUGACAUAUACUUUGAAAUUUUCUUCCUAACAUACUUUUAACUCAUUUUCACAUAGUCAUUUAUUUAACUUCGAUUCUUCUAAGAAAAACUGAUUGAAAAAAAUUAUUUAAUCUAUGAUUAAUACUUUCUAACUCCUAUCAGGGCACUAUCUAUAUUUUUGCAAAAUAAAAAUACUUCUCAAUUUAUCUCAUCUCUGUAGCUAUGGAAUAUUCAAAUUAAUACUAGAUUAACUGCUUACAUUGUUUAUUCCAAAGCACUUAUUGAUUUUCAACUGAAGCAUAUAUGAAAUAGUCACUUUUUAAUUUGUACUUGUAGAACAUCCAAAUUAAUGAUAGAUUAUUUGUUCAUUUCAUGUGCAUAGAUUGAUUUUCAACUGAAGUAAAUGUGAAAUCGUGAAUUGGAAUUGUCCAAUUUCAAAUCGACAUGGAUAACUCAGAGCCUGGACCAAGCAAUGCACAAGUCCCUGUUAUCAAACAGGAUGUUGUCACCUCGGAGGAAGAGAGUGGUUCCAUUCCCUAUGUCGAUAGUCCGGAAUCUCCUCCCGGAGUUCCUGGAAUAAAUAUCAGGAAAGCUAGUAUCGCAGCUCAACAACAACUCCAUGAUGGUAUAAUCCUGUUGAUUACUAGCGACUCGGAGAGUCAGCGGUCACCGAACGGCUCAAUCGCUGCUUCUCAACAUCCACUGUCAGAGUUUUACUUGUUACCUCUCCCUCCCGAUGCUUCGGGGAACAGAAGAUAUUCCCUACAGGAUCGUUCGGGAAAAGACCAUCACCAUCACCCUGAAAGAAAAGCUUCCUGCCCAGAUACAGAGCUACAUGUCAGUCCUGAUAGGAGCAGGAGGGGCAGUUCCUGCAGCAAUCGCAAAUCAGAUUUGGACAUCAGCAAAGAUCGCUUGACUCCAACUUCUUUUUCCAGCAGGCGUUCCAGCAACGCGAGCGCAUGCCAUUCCAGAAGAUCCUCCAACUGCAGCACGGGUGGUGGUCACCACAGGAGGAGGUCGAGCAACUGCACCAGCUGCAGUCGGAGAUCCAGCAACAGUAGUGUCAGCCACAGUAGGAGAUCUAGCUCUGCUAGUCACAGAUCGAGUCCUCCCAGUCACGGCAGUCGCAGAUCCAGCAACUGCAGUCGGAGGUCGUCUCACUUUGACUCGGACGAAGAGUCUUUUCUUCACCACCAUCACCACCACAGUCACAGGGGAUCCAGAACCAGUUUGGAUCCCCUGCACCGAGGCUCAGCGGCCUCAGUCGAGAUUGGUGGUUUUCGCCGUGGCUCACACCUGCCUCUUUCUUACGAGGAGAAAGGGGAACUGGAUGAAAGAGAAGAGCUGGAGAUGGGUGGCAUACCGCCCAGGCACAGGCGGAUUAUCAUCAUGAUCAUCGGAUCUGUUUCCAUUUUCAUCUUAGUCAUGUCUGUUGUACUCAUUGCUGUGUCCUUGACCCUCUCACCAACAAUAGAUGAUUUAGGUGAGUCUUUACUAUUUAUUUACUUUAAUAUGGUUUUUCGAAGCUAA